AUGUGGGGGAGAAAAGGAAAACCAGUGAUCCAGGGUGAAUCAACGGGGAACCUGCAGGCGACGUACCCGUUCCAGAUCAUUGCGAUGGAUCACAUACCGUCGCUACCCAGGUCGUACAAGGGAAACACAGAGUUAUUGAUCUGGGUCGAUCUGCUCACAGGAUAUGUGAUCGCGAAAGCCAGCUCGUCCUGA